AGAUAAACCUGUAUUCUGUCUCUUUUUGGAAUAGCAAAAUUCUCUGUGCACUUUUAUGUGCUCAUUAGAAAGAAUCUCUUUGUGAUAUCAGUACAGUCAUUUACACACAAUGAGAGUGUAAGUAAUUCUAUCUCCUCCCAUUGUCCGGUUCUAUCAGAACCAUCUGUCUGGUUCAGAUGACAAUAGCCUACUUGUGAUAUUCAAAACCACCUUGUGUCAAAGAACCGCCCCGCCCCACAGUCCAGAUGAGCUGAGCUGAUGUGAGCACGAGGCAGAGAUACUGAAUAGUUGAUGAGACAAUAGUUAGUUUGACAGGGGGGGAAGAAUGGAAAGUCUGGAACUUAUCUCCUUCUACAUUCUGGAUCGAGCCAGAAAAACUGUGAUGGAAAAUUACUCUGUGACUGUGCAUGUGCGUGCGUGAGAGAGAGAAAGAAAGGGAGCGAGCUUGAAGGCGAAGAAGAAAAGUGGAUAAUAUGGUCAGCAUAAAAGAAAGUCCAGAAAUAAAGUUGUCACAGAGGCUCGGUGAGAGAUGUUAGAGGAGCUUCGGUGAUUACGGUGCUUAGUCAGGGUCUGAAAAUGCAGCGUUUCGCACCUGAGAAUCACAGGCGCUUCAGAUGGAACGGGUGGAAAAACCUAUUGCUGCCUCAGUUGAACAGACGCUCGCUGUAUGUCUACGGCAGUGAGGUGGCCGUGGAGAAGGAGCGCAAUAGACAGAAAGAGGGAGACGUGAUCGUCAUCCAUCCCUUCAGUCGUAUAAGGAGUUACUACAUCAUGUGUAUGGUGGCCAUAACAUUUCUGAAUCUAAUUGGGAUUCCAAUGGAGAUUGCCUUUCUAGAUGGGAACAGUGGAGUAGGUUGGGAGGGUUUUAAUGUGUUCUCGGACACUCUAUUCCUGAUUGACGUUGGGCUUAACUUUCGCAUGGGGAUCAUUAAUGAGGACAGCGAUGGAGCCAUUCUGGAUUUGAAAAGCAUUCGACAACGGUAUCUAAAGAGCUGGUUUAUACCUGAUAUGGUGGCAGCAUUUCCAGUUGGUUAUAUCCUACUUAUUGCGGAUCUACAAUACCAUGGUGACUCUCCCUCAUCCAGAGCCAGCAAAAUGAUGCGCAUCUUGAUGUUUGUGAGAAUCCUCAGUCUUGUCCGCCUGCUGCGUGUGUCAAGGCUAGUUAGGUUUUUCAAUGAGGUGGAGAGAGUUUCAAAUGCCAACUUGGAGGUGAUGAGGGUAUUCCUAAGAAUCUUGUCAUUAUUUAUGAUGAUAUUCCUGCUGUGCCACUGGAAUGGCUGUAUUCAGUAUUUCGUACCUAUGCUUGAGGAAUUUCCCUCAGACUGCUGGGUUAGAAGAGAGAAUCUAAUGAAUGCCACAGUGGGAGAGAAGUACUCCUUUGGAGUCUUUCGGGCCCUCUCUCAUAUGACUGCAAUAUCAUAUGGUUCCUCUGAUACACCCACAAAUGAGGUUGAGCUGUGGAUUGUCAUGACUAGCAUUGUGUCUGGAGCCAUCAUGUACACAGUGAUGGUUGCCAACACUGCUGCUAUGAUGUCUGAUGUGGACAUAACAGCAAGAGCGUACAAGAACAAGAUAAACCAUCUGGAAGAUUAUAUGACUUUCAUGAAGCUUCCCAAAGCCCUUCGUAUGCGCAUCAACAACUACUAUCAGGCUCGCUAUGGAGGGAAAUGGUAUGAUGAGAAGGAUGUCCUGAAGUGGGUGUCCUCAUCUCUCAGAGAGGAAAUUCUGCUGACCAUGUGCUCGGACCAUGUGAGAAAAGUUCCCAUUUUCCGGAACCGUGACAUAAACUUCAUCAAUGCCAUUCUUCUGGAACUGCUGUAUGAGGUCUUCCAGGCGGGUGACAUCAUCAUCCAGCAGAAUGCUCCUGGUGACCGCAUGUUCUUCAUCGAGCACGGGCAGGUCCUUGUGGAGAAUGAGUUUUUCCAGAGGGAACUGUGUGAUGGAGACUACUUUGGAGACUCAUGUCUCCUAACAAGAGGAAGGCGUUUGGACACAGUACAAGCUCUGACUAUCUGUCAGCUCUUUUCCUUGUCAGUGGACACCUUUCAAUGUGUUCUGGAGGACUAUCCAGACAUCAAGAGAGACCUGGAGACAUCUCAACAGGAUAAAGACAUUUUGUUAUGUUGAGAAAAUUUCUGGCUGUGGUUUGUGAAUAUUCUAUUCCGGACAAGCGGUUUGGAAAAUAGGCUUUGAAUAAGGUGUAACUCAGCAUCACACUGGAAUGCAGUUCUUCUGAGAAUACUGAUAGGAUGAUAUUCGACUGUUUGUAGGCCUCCUUCUCCAGCUCAGCUCCUCCCUCCUGGCUUCUGCUGCCAUAGACUACUACUUUCCAAGUGCCCACAGCAGGAUGCACCAUCACAGCUCAGCAUAACCAGUCACAGUUUCACUCUAAUGUUUCUUUGUGGGUCUCUGCAAGUGGAUCUUUGCAACUUGUUCUUCUAGUAGGCUUCUGCUUCUCCCCACCGCCAGGAUCUGCCUCUUUAAGUCUUCCUUAGCCUGUUCUCUGAGGUAUCCAGAACAGCGCCCACCGGUGACCUUCAUUUCAGUCAGAUUAGCUUUCAGCGACU